AUAACUUUUUCAAACCAAUUAUGUUCAGUACUGAUCGACAGCCUGCUACCGUAAACAACGCCGAUUAGAGACGCACUGGAAGCUAUAUGAAUUAAAAACUCAUGAGUAGUUUUUUACGGAAAUUGUGCAAAAAAAAUGGCUGCAAUGCGAGAAAAAUCCAAUUCCAGCACCGAACAUGUGGAACAUCUCUCAGAAUGCAUAGUCCGACGCGGUUUGACAGCAUAUCCGUCGUACACUCAGAUUCAACAACGUAUAAUUUCAUACAAGAAUUGGCCAAUUGCUUUAAAGCAACGCCCUUAUGAGUUAGCUAACGCUGGAUUUUUUUAUUCUGGAAUUGGAGAUCAAACGAUCUGUUUUUCUUGUGGUGGUGGAAUAAAAGCUUGGGAAGAAAAUGACGAUCCAUGGAGUGAGCAUGCAUGCUGGUUUCCAACCUGCUCAUUUGUUCGAUUACAUAAGAGUUCGGAAUUUAUUCAAAUGCAAAAAAAUAGAACAAGUAAUUCUAUUACAAAUUUAACUCAGUCACUACAAUCGCUAACUACAAACGAUGAAGCAGAUAAACAAUUUUCAAUCAGCGUUACCAACAACUGCAAAAUUUGUUUAAACAGCGAAAUUGCUUUAGCAUUUUUACCGUGUGGUCACGCAUUUUCAUGUGUUGACUGCGCACACUCUUUUAUCAAAUGUGCGGUAUGCAGACAGGAAAUUGAAGCAAGUGUUAAAAUUUUUAUUUCGUAA